AGGUACCGGACGUCGUUUGCACCGCCCAGCACUAGCCGAGAGAAUUUUCUGAGAAGCAGUCCAGAGAAAAGUCGAUUGUUGUUACUCCGUCAUAGCGGGUUUUUAUCAGUCCAUGAGGAGCAUUCACUUUCAAAAGACACUCAACGUUUAAUAUAUUUUUUUAUUUCAGAAGGUGUUUUUUAGCGCCGUCUGAAGUUCCGGAAGUGAAGAAACAGAGUUUCGGUGGGAAGUUUUCUCGAGAAGGAAGUUUUUAACCAUGGCAUGUGAAGGAAACGGCAUGUCAGAUGAGAGGAUCGGGGAGGCCCUGAUCAGAGAGGUCAUACAGGAGGAGCUGCGUGAUGUACCGUCCGAGGAUGUCCCGCCUCUCACCCCGCUGGCCAGGGACGUAAAGUCUGCGCAGGAGCAGAAGAUGGUGACCCAGCUGGGCAAAAUGAUCCGCAUCAUCGGCGACAGGGUCAAAGACGACAAGGAGUUCCAAGAUGCGAUAGAUGGAGUGUCUUGUUGUUCUGGCCCUGUCUGGGAAAGAUUCAACGAUGUAGCCGACAAAGUGUUUCAACCUGGCAUCACCUGGGAGAGGAUCGCUGUGCUCUUCUAUGUCGCCGGCAAGCUGGCUGUCAGGAUGGUGGAGACCCAUCUCCCUCAGUCAGUGAAGGAGAUCCUGAAGUGGACUGUGGAUUUUUUCAAGCAAAAUCUCCUGGGCUGGAUUCGGGAACAUGGAGGAUGGAUCAACAGCUUCUCGGAGCUGGCGGUGGCGUCCGUGCAGAGAGUGUCGUCGAUGAGCUCUCAGAGCUACGGCCUCGUCCUCAUCUUCGUCGCCGGCCUGGCCAUAGGAAGCUUCAUCACCUGGAGACUGACCAGACAGCUCUGAGGCGCACACACACACAUGCACACACACACUCCAAACCUGGUCGUCAUUGUGUUUAACAAAUAAUUUUAGGCUUUUACCAAAUAGGUGGUAUUUGGCCUGACUGUAAAAUGUUUACCAGAGGGUGUAUAAUUCAUGUAAUAAUAAGUCAUGUAAUGACAACAUGUCUGAAGAAGUGCCCAGAUUCUGUCAUGUCCUCAUCACAUGUUGCCUUAAGAUGGUCGAAACCUGACUUCUCUCUAAUGUUAUUUAUGCAAGAGGCACUGUAUCAUACCAAAUAGAUCCUGUGUGCAGGUCACCCUCAGAGUAAUUAUGGCAGAACAACCAAAAAUGGCAACAUUAGCUUCCUAUAGGCCUCUCGUUUCCCAGCGGUGAACAGUCGGUAACACUGUGCUCUUCGUGCUGGUUCACACCUCCAUACUGGCUGAGACCAUCGGGAUGUAGGUGUGUUCUAAAUGUUCAGCUACAGCGCUCAGCUUUAGUACAUCGCCACAUCCCAUCCUCUAUUCUCGAGCCUCUCUCGACGGACCGCUGCGACCUGCGAGGCCAGGGUCACGUGACCAGCAGAGACCGCAGACGGCGUCACUAGGCCAGUUAUCUGCAGCCUUGUGAGCUUGUUCACUUACAAAACUGUACAUGAAAAUGUAGCAAGGCAUACAUCACAGGGAGAGACGUGGCAAAGCUUGUUAAUCAGCCUGCCGCGUCUCUUUUACCACGUUGUGAUUCAAAUAUGAUCAGUGCAAUAAAACUGAGGGCAAUUCUAAAAAAGACUUGUAACAAGCCAAGCUCCCUCUUUAUCAUUUUCAUAAAUAUUCCUACAAAUUCAUACUUCAGCUCAACAGGAUUUAACCUCAAUGGUUCAAAGUAUUUUAUCAUUGCUUUUAUUUUACACGAUUCUCCCUCAGAAGUUGUCAGUGUAAUAAUAGUGUGCAUGCUAGCAGAUUAGCUCACUGGCUAAUCAAGCUUUGCAGAUCAUAGUGGUCCAUCGAGAGUCUCCCCUGGAAGUCUUAUAUGUUCUAUGAAAUUAACACACCCCUUUAUGAAAAAUCUGUUUCUGAUUGAACAUUGUGGCUGCUUUAAAACUGCAUCAGAUCAAGUCAAAUGUAUUUUUAUUUAUAAAAUAUCACAAAUCUCCGCUCAGAUAAGGAAAAACUCCCCCUCAGGAAGAGCAGCAGAGGAGGGGUCCCUCCUCACCACAGACAGGAAAUAGAUGUCGUGUGCACAGAAUAAACCAACAUGGCAACACAACAGUACGGACAAUCAUGAUGGCAAAAUUGUAGAAUGUGAAGCUGUACGGAGGAUAUGGAAAAACGUGGCCUGUAAAGGAGCACGGCUAAAUGAUCCGUUGAUGGAAACAGGAAGAAGGCUUGAAUAAAAGAAUAAGCAACAAAUUGAAAGUUAAGGUGAAAAGAUGAGUUAGAAGUUUUGAUUUAAAGGCCUGAUGUCAGCACAGCAUGUGUAUGCCAGCACAGAUAACAGAAGGAACUCAGGUGUUGCAUCACGUGUUUUAAUGUAUUCUCAAUAUGGGCUUCCAUUGAGCUGAAAACCAGUGAAUCUGUGUUACUGUAGGCAUCAUUUUGUUUUGUAUUUUUAUCUCUAUCAUGAAUGAUAUUAUAGUCAGGGACAGCUGUUCAGGUAGCAGUGAAUGUUUUAUUAUCUAUAGGUGUUAUUUCCGUUCAGACACAUAUGACACUCGCCUCUGCGCAUCAGGUACAAACUGUCAUGUGACGUGUUUACUUUAUUACCACUAAUGACAAAUGAUGAAACAUUAUCAUCAUAGUCUGGAUUUUUAAAUAUUAAACUCACAAAUAUACAUCAGUAAAUGACACAAAUAAAUAUGUAGUGAUUUCUGUCUUAUUUUCCAUUUGAAAAUAAAAAAUGACAACAGAGCAAUAAUAGCAAAAAUGACUGAAUGUGUGAUGGAUGCUGCUCUCACAGCGUCAUCAGCGUCAGUGUUUAAGCACUCCCCCUCAGGUUCCUGCAUGCUGAUCACCUCCUCACAUGACUUGUCUGUUUGAGGAAACAAAGCUCCCACAGUCCCACAGACCGACCUCGACGCACGAGUCGCUGUGAUCACAUUCUGCCACUCUGAUCGCUGAAUGUCACCAUCAUCAGUCUACUGAUGAUGUCACAGCAAGUCUCGGCCUGUCAAAGUUAAAUAUAACAACCGUCUCGUUUGAUAAAUUCACAGAUUUAAAAAGUAAAAAAAAAAAGUGUGUGCCAGUAAAAUGUGUGCAUUCAGUGUCUGAACGGUUCCAUAUGCAGUUUUUCAUCUUUUUAUUAUUCAUUUUUAAAGCACAUUACCUUUAGUAUUUUGAAGAUGUUGCCUUUUAAAUAGUAAAAUCAUGUUGUAAUAUGAAUUCCUACUUCUUACUAUUCCAGAGGUUUAUAGUUGUUUGAAUGAAUAAAUGAUGUGAAAUGGU